AUGUUCAAGGAGGACACGUUCCCUACUCCUGAGAUAUUUGAUUUCUACACCCACUUCAAGAAGGCUGCAGCCACCCACAAGCUGGGCGUUCUCUAUGUGGUCGACUCUAUAGCCCGGCAUUGGGUGGACGCCACUCGCAAGGCUGGCCGGCCUCCACGAAGCGCCGCGCCGGAUGGGACCUACGCUGGUGGUGUCGAUCGAUUGACCAACUUGCUGCCCGUUUUGAUGACCGACAUCAUCGACAAUGUCCUGCAAGAUCAAAAGGAAAAGAUCAAGAAGCUCGUCGACAUCUGGGAGUGCUGCUGCUCCUUCCCGCCCUCUAUGCUCAACUCAUUCCGCGAGAAACUGAACGCUCCACCACUUAAUGUUCAGUCCACCACGUCCAAAGGCUCACCGCGCAGCUUCAAGCCUGCCAAUGGCUCGCCCGCGGCAACACAUACCAUCGGCGAACUCAAGCCGCUCGCCGAUAUGGCUAAACAGAGCGCGGUGACGUCUACUUCUCCCACCAACCCGCCCGCUACCCUGACCGCAUCAGCCACGGCUCUGCAUCUCGCCUCAUCUGUCGAUUCAUCUCUCCUGCCACCCUCGACGGCUAACCCAUACACAGGUGCUGCUGCUGGUGCUGGCGCCAUGGUCAAUCCAUUUGCCACCCCUGGUGGUCAUGGAGAAAACCUUGCCAUACCGCAGCCCCGGGGCCAUAGCCAGACCCUGAGCCCAUUAGGCAUCUCGCAGGACAAGUGGGCUGCGGCUCUGCAACUCGUCAGUAUAUCCGAUGCCAUAGGUGCUGCCAGCCUCGCUCAGCUUCCUGGAUUUGGCGCGAUACCCUGCCGGGGCUAUGGUGGCCAGGGCCACUCGGACGUGCAGAACCGUGUCGAUCGUGCUCGCAGGAGGGAUCGUGACCACUCUGGCUCUCCUCCCGCUGGGUACGGCCGUCCUUCUCACCUGCCCGGUUGGGACCGACGUCACUCUGCCUCGCCGCCUCGCCGCCACGAUAGGCCGGUGCACGACCAAUAUUACAGUGAUUCCACUGGGCGCCAGGGUGAUCCUCGCGAUGCCGGAGGUCGUCAGAGUAACGAAUACCGUCAACGUAGCCCUCCACACUGGAAGCGCCUGUCUCAUUCCCCGCUGCGGACAGACCAUAAUCUCCCCUCGCCUGGCCCCAAGCUCGUCGAGUGCGACUAUUCCAUCGGCCCGGGUAACAUCAAGGUUCUGAGCCGCACCCUCUUCGUCAGUGGCAUCUCCUCUGAGACUCGCCUCCGCUCGCUCUUCAACAAAUUCGGCGUCGUUCAGACCUGUAUUGUCAAUAUGGACAAGCGUCAUGCUUUCAUUGAGAUGAUUAGCCGCGAGGACGCGAUGGGGCGUUGGUUUCGGCCCGCGCGUGACUGCAGCGACUAUCAGACUGGCAUCAGCGUCAUUCUAAUCGAGCGACUUACCAAUGUGGAUCGCAAAUGGCUGCUCACAGUGGAGUACGGUGGCAGCGGAGGUCGUUCCAUUAAGUCGGGAAUGGUUGUCGAGGAACCAGACAUCGAAAUUGGUGCUGGCCUCUCAUCCAAGGCGAUCAGUCGACGCAUUGCGGCUAGCACUGGCGGCAAGCUUGGCCGGAACUCAGACUGCUUUGGUGGCGGUCGCGGCGGACGUCCAGACCGUAAUGGUUUUGGCCUUCGCCGCAUUUGA